AUGUCUAAGCAUAGAAGAGAUAAAAUUUCUUUGAAUUCCAUUGCUAUCAAGUCCGAUCGAAUAUUCAUCCACAGCGGAACUCUGUCAGUUUAUAAUUCGAAGCAAAUCGCCUUCAUUUUAGCCCACGAAUUGGCACAUAUUGUACUCUCUCAUCCGGUUGUUGCAGGACAUGAUGUACGUGAUGUAAGAGGGCUGUUUGAUUCGAUGGAGGAUCCCAUUCCUGAAUAUCUCUCUUCCCACCCGUCUUCCAUUACGAGAGGGGACAACAUUGAAAAAGCUAUUCCAAAGGUGUUUAAGAGUUUGUUUAUUUAG